CAUUUUCACUCGACAUGUAUGUUCCUUAAAUAUUCGAUAUUCAUUCAGGUAGGUACUAAAUUAUCCAUAAAAUUUAACUUCUACAGUCAAAGGAAAGGCACAGGAAAUCAUGGAUCUGGAGACUUAUCAUCAAGCAGGGGACAGGGUUUAGCAAGGUUUUCCAGGUCUUGUUUAUCACAACUCUUCGAUUUCGAGGAUUUUUAUUAGAUUGCUAUCUCAUGAAGAUCGACUAAACAUAAACCUUAAGAUCGGAAUUGUUUACAAUCGUACGUAGUAUUUCCAAUGACCGGCAAAGCCGAAGUAGCGUUGAAUUCAAUAAUGGCGCCACUAAGCUUAAAAAUGGAAAGCCUCCAGUUUUCCAUGAAGAAUUUCAGGCUGAAAACUAAGCAGCAAGAGCUUCUACUGCGUAUAGGGGUUCUCUGUUUGGUCUAUGUCCUUGCAUUUAUAGCGAGGCUUUUCAGUGUGCUUCGCUAUGAAAGCAUGAUCCAUGAAUUUGACCCUUAUUUUAACUACAGAACAACCCUAUAUUUAACAGAAAAAGGGUUUUAUGAAUUCUGGAACUGGUUUGAUUAUGAGAGCUGGUACCCUUUGGGUAGGAUCAUUGGAGGGACGCUGUACCCUGGUCUUAUGGUAACAGCUGCUCUGAUUUACUGGGCUCUCAGAUUGCUAAGUUUUGUAGUUCAUAUCAGAGAAGUCUGCGUUUUGACAGCCCCGUUUUUUGCGUCAAAUACUACAAUUGUGGCUUACUUUUUUGGAAAGGAGCUUUGGGAUUCUGGUGCGGGACUUGUUGCAGCAGCCUUGAUUGCAAUUUGCCCCGGUUAUAUUUCUCGGUCGGUUGCUGGAUCAUAUGAUAAUGAGGGCGUGGCCAUCUUUGCACUGCUUUUGACUUUUUAUCUGUUUGUGAAGGCAGUUAAUACUGGAUCUCUGGCUUGGUCUGUGGCCUCUGCCUUUGCCUAUUUUUACAUGGUGUCUGCUUGGGGAGGAUAUAUUUUUAUCAUCAAUUUGAUCCCUAUUUAUGUCAUGGUGCUUCUUGUGACCGGAAGGUAUUCACUUAGAUUGUAUGUUGCCUAUAAUUGUAUGUACAUUUUGGGAAUGUUGCUUGCGAUGCAGAUCCGAUUUGUGGGGUUUCAACACGUGCAAUCGGGGGAGCACAUGGCUGCCAUGGGGGUUUUCUUCUUGUUGCAGGUAUUUUACUUUGUAGAUUGGGUCAAACAUCAGCUUGAUGAUCCAAAGCUAUUUCAAGCAUUUCUGAAGAUAACCGUGACAGCUGCGGUAGGAGCAGGUGGUCUAGCACUUGGAUUGGGCAUGGCAUCUGGCUACAUUUCUCCCUGGACUGGCCGUUUCUACUCUCUCCUUGAUCCAACAUAUGCAAAAGAUCAUAUCCCAAUUAUUGCAUCUGUCUCAGAGCAUCAACCGACAGCUUGGUCAUCUUUCAUGUUUGACUAUCACAUACUGUUGAUUUUCUUUCCAGCAGGACUGUAUUUUUGCUUUCGAAGAUUAACAGAUGCCACCAUAUUUAUUGUACUUUAUGGUCUCACUAGUUUAUACUUUGCUGGAGUGAUGGUUCGUUUGAUCCUUGUGGCAACUCCUGCCGUUUGUCUUAUCAGUGCUAUAGCAAUAUCUGCAAGUGUGAAAAACUUGGCUGUUCUAAUGCGUAGUAAACCCAAAAUCACAUCUACAGUGGCAACUAAAGGUGCAAAUAUCUCGAAGGCAUCUUCAAAGGUUUCAGUAGACCAGUCUCUACCUUUUCAGAGAAAAGGUGCUGGUAUCUUGAUAUUAGGAAUUCUUUACUUGCUUACAAGUUAUGUCACCCACUGCACCUGGGUGACAUCAGAGGCAUAUUCAUCUCCCUCUAUUGUUCUGGCUGCCAGGGGUGCCCAUGGUGACAGGGUUAUAUUUGAUGAUUAUCGUGAAGCAUACUUCUGGCUGCGGCAAAAUACUCCUCCUGAUGCCAAGGUAAUGUCUUGGUGGGAUUAUGGAUAUCAAAUCACAGCCAUGGGAAACCGAACUGUUAUUGUAGACAACAACACAUGGAACAACACACACAUUGCCACUGUUGGUCGGGCUAUGUCUUCAUAUGAGCAUGAAGCUUAUGAGAUCAUGCAAUCACUUGAUGUUGACUAUGUGCUGGUUGUGUUUGGAGGCGUUACUGGUUACUCUUCUGAUGACAUCAACAAAUUUUUGUGGAUGGUUCGCAUUGGAGGUGGAGUGUUCCCUAUUAUCAAGGAGCCUGAUUAUCUUGUUAAUGGGGAGUACCGUGUUGACAAAGAGGCAGCUCCAAAAAUGCUGAACUGUCUUAUGUAUAAACUAUGUUACUACAGAUUUGGAGAGCUUAGUACAGAAUAUGGCAGGCCUCCUGGGUGGGAUCGAGCAAGAGGAGUUGAAAUAGGAAACAAGAAUGUGAAACUUGAAUACUUGGAGGAGGCCUAUACUACAUCGAAUUGGAUAGUGAGAAUUUACAAAGUUAAGCCACCAGUCAAUCGGUGGUAAGUUAAUAUUUUUCUUUGGCUUUCAAAGAGCAAAGAGAAAAUGUCCGAUCACUGAGAAACAUCUACUUAUACAUCUGAGUUGCAGUUUAGAUGAUUUGAAUAAGUUGACACCUUAGCAGCUUAUGAUAUGAAUUUUUUUUAAAGUGAAACUCCACUCUGGAGACAAACCAGUGUGGUACCUUUGAGAUGUAAACAUUAGAUAAUCUCGGCUAGCUUUAGUUGAUAUGCUGCUUUCUGUAAUCUAACAUCGAGGCUUAGUUUUUGAAGGAGAUCCUUUGAAUCAAGGGGGAAUUUUUUAACUGUGGUAUACAUGUCUGUUGAACAGAGGUCCUGCUCUUCGAAUUAAUCUAAUUACCAUGUCAAAUCUAA